AUGGCGAAAUCGCGUGGAGAUAAGAAUCGUGAUGCAAAGGCGUCAAAGAAAAACGCAAAGAAUGAUCUCAACGAGCUAAAACAAGAUAUUUCAAUGGAUGAUCACCAGAUAUCCUUGGACGAAUUGUAUGCACGUCUCGGGACAAAUCCAGAAACCGGUCUUACUAUUGAGCAAGCAAAAACUCGUCUAGAUCGUGAUGGUGCAAAUGCUCUAACACCGCCAAAGACCACCCCAGAAUGGGUGAAGUUUUGCAAAAAUAUGUUUGGUGGUUUUUCGCUGCUUUUGUGGAUUGGCGCUAUUCUCUGUUUUAUUGCUCAUGCAAUUCUUGCCGGAGUCCAGGAAAACCCAACUAACGAUAACUUGUAUCUUGGUAUUGUGUUGGCCGCUGUCGUCAUUAUCACUGGUUGCUUCUCCUACUACCAGGAGUCCAAGUCCUCGAAAAUCAUGGAAUCCUUCGCCAAGAUGGUUCCACAUUAUGCGCUAGUGAUUCGUGGAGGACAAAAGAUUGACGCUCCUGCCGAAUCCCUGGUCGUCGGUGACAUAAUUGAAGUGAAGUUUGGUGAUCGCGUUCCGGCUGAUAUCCGUGUGAUCAAAGCGAGUUCCUUCAAGGUUGAUAACUCAGCACUGACUGGCGAAUCAGAGCCGCAGAGCCGUACUCCCGAGUACACAAACGAGAACCCCUUGGAGACGAAGAACCUGGCAUUCUUCUCGACGAACGCCGUGGAAGGCACUUGUCGAGGUGUGGUGGUGGCGACCGGAGACCGCACGGUCAUGGGUCGUAUCGCCAACCUCGCGUCGGGUCUGGAAACGGGGGCGACUCCGAUUGCUCGUGAAAUAGCACACUUCAUUCACAUCAUAACGGGAGUGGCAGUGUUCCUGGGUGUCUCGUUUUUCAUAAUUGCCUUUAUUCUGGGCUACCCUUGGCUCGACGCGGUCAUUUUCCUGAUUGGUAUAAUCGUGGCGAACGUGCCAGAAGGCUUGCUGGCCACAGUGACUGUCUGUCUCACUCUGACUGCGAAACGGAUGGCGAAGAAGAACUGUCUAGUGAAGAAUUUGGAGGCUGUGGAGACAUUGGGCUCGACGUCAACGAUCUGUUCAGACAAGACAGGCACGUUGACACAGAACCGGAUGACUGUCGCCCACCUGUGGUUCGAUAACAAGAUCUUUGAGGCUGACACUUCUGACGAUCAAUCAUGCGCAACCUACAACCGGGACUCGAGUACGUGGAUGGCUCUCUCGCGUGUGGCCAUGCUGUGUAACCGCGCCGAAUUCAAAGCUGGUGAGGAGUCGAAACCCGUGCUGAAGCGUGAGUGCAACGGUGAUGCGUCUGAGUCGGCUCUGCUGAAGUGUGUGGAAUUAUCGAUUGGUGGUGUGACGAAGUACCGUUCUGAAAACCCAAAGGUAGCGGAGAUCCCCUUCAACUCAACCAACAAGUACCAGGUUAGUGUUCACGAGACGAACGACGGCGACGACCGAUACCUAGUUGUGAUGAAGGGUGCCCCAGAACGCAUCCUAGAUCGUUGUUCGACAAUCCUGAUUGACGGGCAGGAGUUGCACAUGGACGACGAGUGGAGAGAGAACUUCAACAACGCCUACCUGGAACUGGGUGGCAUUGGUGAACGUGUGCUUGGCUUCUGCGACCUUCGGUUGCCAGUCGACAAGUUCCCUCGCGGUUUCAAGUUUGAUGUUGACGAACAAAACUUCCCGAUCGAUGGCAUGCGAUUCGUUGGGUUGAUGUCCAUGAUUGAUCCUCCUCGAGCUGCAGUACCUGAUGCCGUGGCAAAGUGUCGCUCUGCGGGUAUUAAGGUGGUCAUGGUGACUGGUGAUCAUCCAAUUACUGCAAAGGCCAUUGCCAAAUCAGUAGGUAUAAUUUCGGAAGGGAACCGCACUGUCGAAGACAUCGCCGCCGAACGUGGUGUUUCCGUUAGUGAGGUGGAUCCUCGCGAGGCCAGUGCUUGUGUGAUCCACGGCUCAGACCUGCGUAAUAUGACCCCAACUCAGAUCGACGAGGUGCUCGAGAACCACUCGGAGAUAGUGUUUGCGCGAACAUCACCCCAACAGAAGCUAAUUAUUGUGGAAGGUUUCCAGCGAAUGGGUGCCAUUGUAGCUGUUACCGGUGACGGAGUGAACGACUCGCCAGCUCUGAAGAAAGCGGACAUUGGUGUGGCAAUGGGUAUCACGGGAAGUGACGUGAGCAAGCAGGCUGCAGAUAUGAUCCUGUUGGAUGACAAUUUCGCGUCAAUUGUGACGGGUGUGGAGGAGGGUCGCAUAAUUUUCGAUAACUUGAAGAAGUCGAUCGCCUACACUUUGACCUCCAACAUUCCAGAGAUCACGCCUUUCUUGUUGUUCGUCGUGGCUGACAUUCCUCUUCCCCUGGGAGUCAUCACCAUCCUUUGCAUUGAUCUGGGGACUGACAUGGUGCCUGCCAUCUCCUUGGCUUACGAGGAAGCAGAAAGCGACAUAAUGAAGCGUAUGCCACGUGAUCCUUCCCAUGACAAGCUUGUGAACGAGCGUCUAAUCUCAAUGGCCUACGGUCAGAUCGGAAUGAUCCAGGCCUCUGCUGGUUUCUUUGUCUACUUUGUGAUAAUGGCGGAGAACGGUUUCUGGCCGAGUCGGCUGUUAGGUCUGCGGAAACAGUGGGACUCGCCUGCCAUCAACGAUGUCGCUGACUCGUACGGUCAAGAAUGGACCUACACACAACGCAAGCGCCUCGAGUACACUUGUCACACCGCAUUCUUCGUCUCCAUUGUUAUAGUCCAGUGGUCGGACUUGCUGAUAUGCAAAACCCGCAAGAACUCCAUUUUCCAACAGGGUGUGCGGAACCACCAGCUGACCUUCGGUCUAUUCUUCGAGACCACCCUGGCCCUCUUCCUGUCGUAUUGCCCUGGUCUUGAACAGGGUCUGAGGAUGAUGCCACUUCGAUGGACGUGGUGGCUUCCAGCCUUGCCAUUUAGCGUGAUGAUCUUCGUCUUCGACGAGGUGCGAAAGAAGCUUUUGCGUAACCUGCCCCCGGGGAAUUGGGCUGAGUCUGUGGCCGCUCAUCAGUUCACAAUGCGUGAUCGUGUCUGGCUGCAACCACGGCUUCUUCCACUGGUUAAGUGCCCUGUUCACAGGCGAUUUCCAGCUCGACGUUCCGCUGCUCCUACAAAACAGCUUGAAAACGGCUUUCACUGGUCUGAUUCGAGGCAGUCUACACAACAUCUUGGAAGCAGGUACCGUGAAAAAAAGAAGUCAAAGAAAGAUGCAGAACAAAAACUUCAAGAGCUUAAGAGAGAGCUCGAAAUGGAUGAGCAUCAGAUAUCCUUGGACGAACUCUAUGCACGUCUUGGAACAAAUCCUGGGACCGGUCUUACCAGUGAGCAAGCAAAGACCCGUUUAGAUCGUGAUGGUCCAAAUGCACUAACACCGCCAAAGGCCACUCCAGAAUGGGUGAAGUUUUGCAAGAAUAUGUUUGGUGGUUUUUCGCUGCUUUUGUGGAUCGGUGCUGUUCUCUGUUUUAUUGCUCAUGGAAUUCAUGCAGUAGUCCUGGAAAAUCCUAGUAAUGAUAAUCUGUACCUUGGCAUCGUGUUGGCCGCCGUCGUCAUUAUCACUGGUUGUUUCUCCUACUAUCAGGAAUCCAAGUCAUCAAAAAUUAUGGAGUCUUUUGCCAAGAUGCUCCCACAAUAUGCGGUGGUAAUUCGUAGAGGACAAAGGACUGAUGUUCCUGCGGAAGCUCUGGUCGUCGGUGACAUAAUUGAUGUGAAGUUUGGCGAUCGCGUCCCUGCUGAUAUCCGUGUGAUCAAAGCGAGUUCUUUUAAGGUUGAUAACUCUGCACUGACUGGUGAAUCAGAGCCGCAGAGCCGUACUCCCGAGUACACAAACGAGAACCCCUUGGAGACGAAGAACCUGGCAUUCUUCUCGACGAACGCCGUGGAAGGCACUUGUCGAGGUGUGGUGGUGGCGACCGGAGACCGCACGGUCAUGGGUCGUAUCGCCAACCUCGCGUCGGGUCUGGAGACAGGUGCGACGCCGAUUGCUCGUGAAAUAUCCCACUUCAUUCAUAUCAUAACGGGAGUAGCAGUGUUCCUGGGUGUCUCGUUUUCUAUAAUUGCCUUCAUUCUGGGCUACUACUGGCUCGACGCGGUAAUUUUCCUGAUUGGUAUAAUCGUGGCGAAUGUGCCAGAAGGCUUGCUGGCAACAGUGACUGUCUGUCUGACUCUGACUGCGAAACGAAUGGCAAAGAAGAACUGUCUAGUGAAGAACUUGGAGGCU